AUGUAUGAUUUUCAUUAUAAUUAUAUACGGCAAUUGUACAAAGAUAAUUGUAAAUUAUUAUACACAGAUACUGAUAGUUUUAUAUAUGCUGUUAAAUGUGAUGAUUUUUAUGAAGAUAUGAAGAAGAAUAUUCAUAAAUUCGAUACAUCAGAUUAUCCGGCAGACAAUGUCAAUACUUAAUAUGCCAUGUUUUAAUAAAAAGAUCGUAGGACUUAUGAAAGAUGAAUGUAAUGGUCAGAUUCUUACUGAAUUUGUUGGAUUGAGAAUUAAAAUGUACAGUACACGUGUUAAUAAUCAAGAUAGUAUGAAAAAAAUCAAGGGUAUCAAAGCUUCAGUUGUAAAGAAAACCAUUGAAUUUAAUGACUAUUUGGACUGUCUACGAAAUUCACGUAUUCUAUAAGAUCCAACUUCACAAGGUGGAGACCAUUAGAUAGAGGAAGAUUGCUCUUAAUCCUUACGAUGAUAAAAGAUUUCUUCAAGAUAAUACUACUGAUACGCUUGCCUGGGGGCACUAUAAAAUAUUACAAAAUGGAAACGUCUGAUUCCAGCAAAGAGAAGCGUGUACGAUUCAAGGAAGAACCAACCAUACACUUGAUGUAUAAAUGGAAAUUUGCGCAUCAUGAAGCUCGAUGUGGCAAGUGGGAGCAGGUUGCACGCGAUCGAGAACGUUUUAGGAGAAGAAUUUUACAAAUAAAUGAAAUUAUAUUGCCAGUACUUGUAAAAAAAUUGAAGGAAAUGUAAAUAAAUGAACAAUAAAUUUUACAUCAAUUAUAA